AUGGCCACCAAGGAAAAACUUCAAGAAAUCUCUAACAUCGUUACUCAACAUACUGAUUCAAUCUCUGAGAUGAAAUCUGAGAUUCAAUCUUUGGGUGAUAAGAUGAAUCUUCUUAUUAAUUUGUUUCAAUCAACGCAACCUACCCACCCUGAAGCUUCUGGAUCGGAGAAUCAGCAAUCAAAUCCUGGUAACCCAUUUACAGAUCUUCAUCAGGUGAUUCAUAAUUUCUCAACUACUGAAUCUCGUAAGUUCACUCAUACCCCCAAGGUUGAUUUCCCACGUUUUAAUGGUACUAAUCCUCGUGGUUGGGCUCUUAAGUGUGAAAGGUAUUUUAAUUUACAUAGAUUUCCUGAUGAUGAACGUGUUGAUAUGGCUGCAAUACAUUUUAAUUCACCAAUUGAUUCAUGGUUCUUAAACUACCAACAGAGUAAAGAGUUUAUUUCUUGGGAGUCUUUUAAACAUGAUAUUUGUGCUAGAUUUGAAGAUAUUGCUCAGGAAAACUAUGUAGGUAGUUUCAAUAAUUUAAAUCAAACUACCAAUAUAGAGGAUUACUAUGAUAUAUGGGAACAUUAUAAAAGCUAUAUGGUAGCUAACAAUCCUUAUUUGUCUGAGAGUGUUUAUAUUUUAAGCUUCAUUAGUGGGUUAAAAGAAGAGAUCCGUACAGUUGUGCAAAUGUUCAAGCCUGAGAAUACUGCAACAACUUUUUAUCUGGCUAGGAUACAACAAGCUUCUAUGCAUCACCAGCCCAAACCAACUAAAUCAUUCUCUAGACCAUUUACACCUUCUCCACUUUCUGUUUCACACCCACCGUCUGCCAUGAAAUCUUUUUUCUCUCCCUCCUCUACCCUUGCUAAGACCAAUACUUCUUCAUCAUCUCCCAUUGUAACUCACCCUCCCACACCCACUAAAACUUCACCAGACAAUUCUAUUCCUCCUAUUAAAAGGCUCACCCAUGCACAAAUGCAGGUUAGGAAGGAUAAAGGGCCCUGCUAUAACUGUGAUGAGUUUUACAGACAAGGUCAUCGAUGGAAUAUUACUCAUGAUACUAUUCGAAUUGGUAGUCAUCUUAACAAGCAUCCUGUGGUUGUACUUAUUGAUACAAGAAGCAUUUAUGUUUCUUCCACUGGUAAAAUGCUUGUCACAGUUGCUAAUGGAGAUAACACCAUCAGCAGGGGUAUUUUCCAACACCUCAACUGGGAAAUGCAAGGACAUCAAUUCUCUGCAAAUUUACGCGUUCUUCCUCUAGGUGGUUGCGAUAUUGUUUUGGGAGCUGACUGGUUGCGCAAACUUGGUGAUGUUACUUUUAACUUCAGUCAAUUGAGUAUUUCCUUUGUACAUCAAGGCACACCAAUCACCCUUCAAGGUACUUCUUCUCUUAAGAAGUUUUUAAAGAGUAAUACCCCUACACUCAUAGGCCAAUUUUUCUCCAUUUCUACUACACCUAUACUUCCACCACCACCUGCAGUCUCCACCCUUCUAGAAAGUUUUUCAGAUGUUUUUGCAGAACCCAUAGGACUUCCUCCUUCUAGGUUACUUGACCAUAAAAUUCCACUCAAAACUGGUUCUGACCCAACUUCUCAAAGGCCAUACAAGUUCCCUUAUGAAGAAGGAUGGAACUUGGCGUUUUGUAUCGAUUAUCGUAAACUCAAUGACAUCACUGUCAAAGACAAGUUUCCUAUUCCACUUAUAGAGGAAUUGCUAGACGAGUUGAAUGGAUCUAUGGUGUUCACCAAAAUUGAUCUUCGUUCUGGUUACUACCAAAUACGAGUUUAUGCACCAGACAUUCACAAGACUGCCUUUCGCACCCAUCAUGGCCAUUACGAGUUCAGAGUUAUGCCAUUAGGGCUUACUAAUGCCCCUACAACUUUUCAGGCCCUCAUGAAUGAGGUUUUUCAGCCUUAUCUCAGUAAGUUCGUCCUGGUGUUAUUUGACGAUAUAUUGGUUUACAAACCAUCCAUGGAAGAUCAUCUGGAGCAUUUACAUCUUACAUUGGCCUUACUAAGGAAGAACUCUCUGUUUGCCAAGCUAUCCAAGUGUGCAUUUUCUCAGGCACAACUAGAGUACCUUGGCAACAUUAUUAAUGCCAAUGGUGUUGCUGCAGACCCUGACAAAGUUGCAGCCAUGGUUAAUUGGCCACAACCACAAACACUGAAGCAACUUAGAGGCUUUUUUGGGUCUUACAGGUUACUAUCGCAAGUUCAUAAAAAACUAUGGCAAUAUCUGUAA